GCUGCUUUUUGCGUGCGGCAGAUGAAAAACUUGCAAUUUUCCAAAUAGAUAAUAUUUUUAGGCCGGUUCAAAACACAAGCAAGCAGAGGUUAACCAUUUUCAGCACAUUCUCCUUACAGCGCAACAGUAAUGGCCGAGUAUUUGGCAUCCAUUUUUGGCACAGAAAAGGACAAAGUCAACUGCUCGUUUUACUUUAAAAUUGGAGCGUGCCGACAUGGCGACCGCUGCUCACGCAUUCACAACAAACCGACAUUUUCGCAAACUGUCCUGCUGCAGAACCUGUAUGUCAAUCCUCAAAACUCGGCCAAGUCGGCGGAUGGAUCCCAUUUGGUUGCAAACGUGUCCGAUGAGGAAAUGCAGGAGCAUUAUGACAACUUCUUUGAGGAUGUGUUUGUUGAAUGCGAAGACAAGUACGGCGAGAUUGAGGAGAUGAACGUAUGCGACAAUUUGGGAGACCACCUGGUCGGCAAUGUGUACAUCAAAUUUCGUAAUGAGGCGGACGCGGAAAAAGCAGCAAAUGAUUUGAACAAUCGCUGGUUUGGCGGCCGACCAGUCUAUUCGGAACUAUCGCCCGUUACCGAUUUUCGCGAGGCCUGCUGUCGACAGUAUGAAAUGGGUGAAUGCACGCGCUCCGGAUUCUGCAAUUUCAUGCAUUUGAAGCCCAUAUCCAGAGAACUUCGUAGGUAUCUAUACUCGCGACGUCGUCGCUCCCGCUCGCGUUCUCGUUCGCCGCGUCGACGUUCGCGCAGCCGUUCACGUUCACCCCGCCGCCGCCGCGAUGAUCGUGGUGGAAACGACCGUAGCGGCAAUGAUAGGGGAGGUAACGACAGGGGUAAUGAUCGUGAUCGA